CUUUACAAAGUUGCGGGAAAUCCGAAAAUAUUUUCAACUUUUCAUUUAGUUUCUUGGUUCUUGCUGCUCGUCAUGCUACAACCAUUGUAUCUGGAAUACAGAUAUAAAGGAAAAUAUAAUCGAGGUCUGGUGAUUAUAAAUCGACAAUCAAAUUGUGUUUUGGUUACAAAUAAGAGCGGUAUAAAGGUCAUUUAUGAAUACCAAGAUGCCAUACAGGCAAUAUGUAUAGAUGGAGAAUCAAGGUCUUUAUUUACCGCUACAACAAGUGGUGACAUCUUUAUGUCUGGCCUUCCAGUAAAAUCAAAGAGAAAACGAGAGAAUAGUGAGCCUUUAGCUAACCAGAGUAGCCAAGACAUAUUUGCAGACUUGUUAGAAACGCCGUGUCCAGAGCAUGUUGAAGUUACACCACUAACAAAUGAAAUCAUCUCGGUCCAUAGACACAUUUGUAAGAUAGAUGGCGUCUGUGAUUUACUUGUCAUCAGUGGUAUACUUGUUGCUGUUACCAUGGAAACUAAGCCAUCUUAUUACUGGAACAUUCUCUACAAAGGCAUCACUGAUUUACAAUCAUCAACUUCUCCUGAAAGCUUCUGUAAAAUACCAAUUGAUGAACAUGUCAUUGAUUCUAAAACAAGGUUCGAUGCUAAGAUAUAUUGCUGCUUACCUGAAAGUGAGAAAACAGACACCAGCGAGAUAAAACCAGGAAUUUUUUAUUUGAAUAAAGUAAUGUAUAAUCACUUAUUUGGGAUCGAUGCAAACCUUCUUGAUACACCUAUUAUUUUGAUUGGUUUACCAAGUGGUCUUUUGUUAUGGUUGCCUGUGGCAACUCAUCAAAUUACUGUGCCAUCUUUAUUGUGUGAUCUAAAACAACCAAUUCAUGGUUUGAAAUAUGUCCAAUUACAAGCUUCUGAAAAUCAACAUAUUGAAUCUCUGAUGAUAUUUGGCACCAUGGGGAAAGUGGUUGCCAUGACAACAGAUGUAAACAAAUCAAGUGAUUUGGUCACAAAGGAGUUUUCAAUACCAGGAAAUGUAGUGACAAGUUGCAUUGCAUAUGAUACACUCUACCACAGCACUGGUGUUGAAUUGUACAAGACUGAAAUUCAAGAGAUGCUUUUACAACAACCAAAAGACAAGACACCAAUCAAAAGCCUUACAUUAGGCUAUGGAGCAAUUGUUGCCAUAACAACCAAGACAAUAUCACAACAACCACCAGUGGUUACCAUAGCAAUGUGCACUAAAACAGGGAAAACACUGCACAUUGAUCACCCUAUUGAACAAAAGGCCCAAAAGUGUUCUAAACAAAAUCAAGGUGCUCGAAUCAAAGAUCUUCUAGCUGGUAUAAACAACAUUGGUCAACAACUGACCUAUCAGAAAGAAAUAGAUCAGGUGCAGAAUAGCGAACUUGAGCAACUACACUUGGCAUCUCAUCUUGCUAGUUACCAUAGCAACCAUUCUGGAUUGACACCAAGCAAGCAAAACCAACAUUCAGGAAUAGACUGUUGCAUAAAUGUAACAACAGAAAACUAUGGAUCGCAUAUCAGUUACAAGUUGGUAGCAACCAUUGAAAACCAAACCCAUAUAACAUUGUCAGAAAAGUGGGUUUUCUUAGUGACUCUUCAUCAAAUGUCUCAUAAAGAACAUCCAAAACAAAAAGUUGCAUUAAAAUCCAAAUCUGUACAAAUCUCUCGUCUACCACCAAAAGGAUUCCAAAGAUUAGACCUUGGAAUAGAUCAGCAAACAUUGGAGAGUUUACCAUUGAAUGGAUCAUGCUCCUUAGUGUACACAUGUGAACCUUCACAUGGUCUCCAUAGCAACAAUGCUCAACAUAGCAAUAUUAAGCACAGUAAUGUCCUAGUCAUUCCCAUAGCAACUCAAGUGUUGAAUAUCACACAUUUUAUGAGAUUGAACAAUGAUGCAACUACAAACCCCACCAAAUUGCAAAAUAACUGUAGAAUUUACUCAGAUUCAGAAUUGGCUCAAAUUCUAAAGGAAGUUGCAGGAUGCCAACCUGGCACUCACCCGAAUCUGGAAACUGAGGAAGAGACUUUGGGAUUUGUUGGUUACCAUAGCACUUCCAUAGUUGUACCAACUGAACAGUUGAAAGUAGACCUCAGAAGUGAAGGAGUAAAUUGUAAAAAUGACACAGAUGUAUGUAAAUGUCUUAUAUGGAAACUCUUCCCUCAUCUCUGCGAAGUCAUCAUGACCUCACAAGUCCGUCUGCUAACUCACAAAGGUCACCAUAUCACCUUGGGGGUCAAGGUUGGAUCAGGAGAACAGGUUGUUAUAGAGAUACAGUCAGAAAAUCUCCAAGCAAUGUGUGAAACAUCAAUAGCAAUAAAGCAACACAUACAGGGGUUGAAGAUGAGAAUGCUGAACAUUCCAAUGGUAGAAGAGUUGAGACCCUUCAUUCACCAAACUGAGUGUCUGAGAACAGAUCUGCUGUCUGCCCAGGAAGCGGUGUUGCUUGGAGACAAAUCUGUAACGACAGCUGAUGUCACACAACUCUACCAUAGACUGAGGCAGAUCCAUAUUCCACAUACAUGAUGUCAUAGAACAAUAUCACAUGUGACACAACAUUAUGUCACACAGUUACAUUUGUAUCUGUGAAGAGUACCAACAAAAAUGGAAUGAGUUUGAUCUAUCUGUCACACCAGUUAAUUUCAACAUACAGUGUGUUAACUUUAUGUCAGCAUUGCUGAGUUGAUCAUGAUCUGUUUAACUUUAUUUAAAAGAUAUUUUCCAUAACACAUCACAAUAUAUUAGAACCUUCGUGAUUUCAUGAGGAAUUAUAAUUUUGUGAGUGGU